AUGACAUCUAGAGGAUUGAUCAGUGUGUUGGUGUUGGUGACGGUUGUCGCCUCAAUCGCACAUGCUAGACCUUACAGAUCACACCUUUACAACACUCAGGAGCAGCAACAACAAACAGAUUCUGCAGUCAAGUGGAACUACCUCUGGUUCAACCAGACAUUGAACCACUUUGAUGCUGAGGACAACCGCACCUUCCUCCAGCGCUACUACGUCAACGACGCAUACUACGAUUAUAAGAAGGGUGGCCCAAUCAUCCUUUACAUCAACGGCGAGGGCCCCGUGUCACAGCCACCCAACUCACCCACCGACGGCACCGUCGUCUACGCCAAGGAGAUCGGCGCUAUGAUCGUCACACUGGAGCAUCGCUACUAUGGAGACUCGUCGCCCUUCCAGACGCUGUCCACCGACAACCUGCGCUACCUGUCAUCGCGUCAGGCCCUCAACGACCUCGCCAUCUUUGUGCUCGACUUUAAGGCACAGACUCCACACGCUAAGCAGAUCAUCACGAUCGGUGGCAGCUACUCGGGUGCAUUGUCCGCCUGGUUCCGCGUCAAGUACCCACAUGUGUCAAUUGGCAGCAUUGCAUCAUCGGGAGUCGUCAACGCCAUCCUCGACUUCACCGCCUUUGACGAGUGGGUCGCCUUUGCCGCCGGCCAAGAGUGUGCCGACGCCCUGCGAAUGGUCACCUUUGAGACUGAGCAGCAGGUGUUUGGCGGCAACGCCACCACCGUCAAGCAGUUGUUCCAAGCAGAGAUGCUCACCGACGAUGGUGACUUCUUCUACUGGCUUGCCGACUCAAUGGCCGAGGGUAUCCAAUACGGUUUCCACGACCAACUCUGCAACCCACUCAUCGACACCAUGAAGUACGGUGGCGACAUCCUCGUCACCUACUCCAACUACACCCUCAAUCUCUGGGGUACAACUCUCGGAACACCUGCUGAAUAUGCUACUCAAUGGCAACAGAACACUACACAUGAUAUCAACAAGGCUGAUAGACAGUGGUGGUUCCAGACAUGCACUGAGUUUGGUUACUUCCAGAAUGCGCCAGCAACUGGAUCAAUCAGAUCUCAGAUGGUCAACAUGACCUAUCAUCGUACUCACUGUGCCAACGUCUUUGGCGCACCACUCUGGCCAAACACUCAAGCUACCAACGACUACUAUGGAGGUAACCAAACUGCUGGUACCAACAUCGUUUUCACCAAUGGUAGCCAGGAUCCAUGGUCACGUGCAUCAAUUACUCGCCAACUGUAUCCAUCUGAGCCAUUGCUUGUUGUCGACUGUCUUAACUGUGGUCAUUGUGUUGACCUCCGUGAGUGUCCAGGCGGUUGUGCAUCACCAAACAACCUUGAGGAGAUCAGACACGAGUCCCUCAAGUAUAUCCAGACCUGGUUGCAUGAGAACCAUGAAUAA